GAGGUCAAGUAUUAUAUGGCACAUUUAUGUAAAGGCGUAGUUAAAAGGUAUGAAUUACCGGGUUGUAAUGGAUUAAAUUUCGUAUUAACUAAAAGUUUAGGAGGGGGAGGAUUGAGUACUUUAAAUACUGAUAGACAGGGGAAAACAUACGCUCAAAUGCUGCUUAGUUAUGAACUAGAUGUUCCUUCGAAUUG